UUACUUUUCAACUUUCACUUUUCAUGUUUAUAUUUUAUUCAGACUUUUCGGUAUAAAUACUAGCGACUGGACACCACACUUCAUCAAUUGAUCUCCUUUCCUCUUGUGGAAUAAACAGUUCUAACGAUAUCCUUUCCAUCAUGAAAGUGUUGGCUAUUGUCCUCCUCAUGGCAGCGGCCGCUAUGGCCCAGUACGGCCAUCAUGGUGGUCACCAGGUUGUCCAUCAUCAACCUGCCCAUCAUGCAGCCUCCUCUCAAGGUCAUGCCUAUGGUGCUUAUGGAAAGAAGGACUCCGCUUAUGAUGCCCAUGGUCGACAUCACUAUGGAGACCAUGGACAUUAUGCUGAUAGAGGACAUCAUGCUCAUGGACACCACGACAUUGCUGGAUAUCGUAAACAUGAUGCUGAAGGUGCCCAUGCCUCCCACUAUGGCAAAUACCGCAACACUGGAGCUUACGCCCACGAUAAAGGAGCCGGAUACGAAAAGGCUUACCACUACGAUAAGAAGGCCGGACACCACCAUGUUUUGGCUGACCACGGUGCACACGCCUCCAAAUAUGGAGUCCAUGACAAGCACGCCCACCACAACCAAGGUGCCUACGAUCAUGCCGGACAUGACAAGCAUGGAUCCCACGACAGAUAUGGAGCUCAAGCCCACGGUGUCCACCAUCAUGAUAAUGCUGCCUACGGACAUCACAACAGCGGACACCAACAGAAGAUGUACUUCCAAGGACCCGGAUAUGGAUACAAAUACUAGACAGUUUCAACUCUCGGACACGAUGACCCGGCUUCAAAAACGUUCUCUCUUCUCCUCUUCCGCCUGUUAUUUAUUUCUUUUCAUCAUGUAUAAAAAACUUUAAAAAAUGACAAUAAAAAUUUGAAAAAACUAAAA